GACGAGGAGGCGGCUGCCGCGCAGGGGCCGGGAGCCGGGAGAGCAGCCCCGGGGCUCCCGCUUGGGCAGCCUCUCCAAGCCGCCGGGUGCCGCGAUCGGGGCUCCCCUGCUCCCCAUCCUCUUGAACUCAUCAGGAUGUGAAGGUAAAUCAAGAUUGAUGUUCCUUUUCACCUCAGAAUGAAGAAAUUUAAAUGUUGUUUUAAAUACCUCCUACAGCAGAAAAUUUUCAUCCUGUUUUUAACCCUCUGGCUGUUCUCCUUGCUGAAGCUUCUCAAUGUGGGAAGAUUCCUCUUCCCUCAAAAGGGCAUUUACUUGGUUGAACAUUCUCUAAGUACCUCACCUUUUGUAAGAAACAGAUACACCCAUAUGAAGGAUGAAGCUGGGUAUGAAAUUAAUUGUUCUGGUGUUUAUGAACAGGAGCCUUUGGAAAUUGGCAAAAGUCUGGAAAUAAGAAGGAGAGACAUCAUUGACUUGGAUGAUGAUGAUGUUAUGGCUGUGACCAGUAACUGUGACAUUUAUCAAGCUCUAAGAAGUUACCAUCAGAAGCUUGUUUCAAAGGAGGAGGAGAAGUUCCCAAUAGCCUAUUCUCUUGUUGUUCACAAAGAUGCAAUUAUGGUGGAAAGGCUGCUCCAUGCCAUAUACAACCGGCACAAUAUUUACUGCAUCCAUUAUGACCUCAAGUCACCUGAUGCCUUCAAAGUUGCCAUGAACAAUUUAGCCAAUUGCUUCACCAACGUUUUUAUUGCCUCAAAACUAGAGACUGUGCAAUAUGCACACAUUUCCAGGCUACAGGCUGAUUUAAAUUGCUUGUCAGACCUUCUCAAAUCUUCAGUUCAAUGGAAAUAUGUCAUCAAUCUGUGCGGGCAAGAUUUUCCUUUGAAGUCAAACUUUGAAUUAGUGUCAGAGCUGAAGAAACUGAAUGGAGCAAGUAUGUUAGAGACAGUGACACCCCCUAGAAGUAAAGUGCAAAGAUUCAUGUAUCACCAUGAACUCAGAGAAAUACCCAAUGAGCACGUGAAGCUACCGGUAAGGACAAACAUCUCCAAGGAAGCACCUCCUCAUAACAUUGAGAUUUUUGUUGGAAGUGCUUAUUUUGUUUUAAGUAGAGCAUUUGUUAAGUAUAUUUUCAACAGUUCCCUUGUUAAAGACUUUUUUGCCUGGUCUAAAGAUACAUACUCGCCUGAUGAGCAUUUUUGGGCUACCUUAAUUCGGCUACCAGGAGUACCUGGAGAAAUUUCUAGGUUAGCUGACGAUGUAUCUGACUUACAAAGUAAAACCCGCCUUGUCAAAUGGAAUUAUUAUGAAGGCCUUUUCUAUCCCAAAUGCACUGGUUCUCACCUCCGGAGUGUGUGUAUCUAUGGGGCAGCAGAGUUAAGGUGGCUUAUAAAAGACGGACAUUGGUUUGCCAAUAAAUUUGAUUCUAAGGUGGACCCCAUACUAAUUAAAUGCUUGGCAGAAAAGCUUGAAGAGCAACAGAGAGAGUGGAUCGCUCUGUCUUCAGAAAUGUUAUUUAUGGAUAAAACUCCCACAAUCACACCGUUACAUUAAAUCAUGUUGGAACUAAGGUAUCUGAUAAAGGGAGUUAUGGAAUUAAGCAUGGAGGUGAAUACUGCACCAUGCCCAGUACUAUUUGCACUUAACUUUGUCAUACUUUGAAAGUGAUCUAAUAUUCAGCACACAGUGGAGAGUGACAUGAUCUUUGGAAUUAGCCUGAUGUUGAGUGGAGUUUUUUGUUUCUUUGCUUUUGCUUGUAAUUUCACUGAGAUAAAUCAGAGGUCUUAAACAUUCAAAGAUCUUAAUCAUUCAAUCAUCAGGUAUUUGUUGAGCUCCUAAUGUAUGCCAGGCACUAUGUUAGGAACUUAGGGCUAAGUAGAAUUUAGGACUCCUUAAACUCGAGGACUUAAACCCAAGAUAUAAUGAAUUAGACAGUGCCUUCAAGAAACUGUAGCUUACCGUCAUUGUACAACAGGCUAAAUUCUCCACAUAACUAUCAGGAUUCUACUGAAGAAGCUUGGAGUAUGUAGUGAUGAUAAGCAUAUAAGCCUCUCACUUCAGAAUAAUACUUAAGCACAAGAACCACCAUCUGCUUUUCUCUUAGAUCAUUUCUCUAGACUCAGCUAUUAGAAUAAUAGGAGAGACCCCCCCCCCCCCCACUACCUCAGGAAAGCUCAAAGAAUUAUCCAGAUGCAAAAGCAUAAUUUAACUUUUGGUACAUGUCUCAUGUAAUCCUAAAUCAGGAGACUGUUGGUUGGGCGUUUAGAGUGUGUGGAAGUUAGGGAGGGCUUGGGAGAGGGGACAGGGUGUGUCAGGAGGUACCUAAAAGGAUGAGUGUUGCAUCUUGACACACAAUGGUGUCAUGAAUGGGUUCCUUUUUAAUUCACCUCUUUCUUGACAAUGCACUUAAUGAUUAUAAAGAACAUAUUAAGUUCAGUGUCACACUGUAGAAUAUUGAAAUUAAGUCAGUUCAGAGAUUAUCAUUAUAUGUAUAUCUUUGUAAAUGAGUAUAAAUUUUAUUUAUGAUGCUAUCAAGCUAGAGGUGACUAGAUUUCCUUGAAAAGGUUAUGUGAAAUAUGACAAUUUUCUGAAUUAUUACUAAAGAUUUUUUUCUUCUCCAGCAACUAAGUGAAAUCCAAAUUUAAGAUUAUAAGAGCUCUGAGUUGGGUUUGUUUUUAUUUUUGUUUUCUCAUCCUCUCAGCCUGUGUCUGGAGAGAAAAGACUACUUCCCUUAGGUUAGAUAAAGAAUAUUCAUUAAUGAUAUUCUAUAAUAUCCUCACCUUAGAAAAUGACCUAUUGAAUCAAAUAUGUAUUCAGUGGGAGAAGUUCCAGGGUACAAACCCAGGACCUUAUACAUGUGAAGCACGUGGCCUACUACUAAGCUAGAUCCUGACUCCUUACCCAGAUUUUACUGUAAUUUAUUGUACUGAAAGUGAAAUGGGGCAGCAGUGGGGUUCUGCGGAUAGAGUAAAAUAUUUUUAUUAGCCUCUUGGGAAAUUCUCAGACUUUUAAAUCUUUCUUGACAUAUUUCAACCUCAGCCAUGGUGACUACAGAGGGUAGUCUAUAUAAUUACUAUAUAAUUCUCAAGACCAAGACUGAAGUAUGUGAACACUUUUGUAAUAUUUGUAUUCCACCCGUGAAAUGCACUUUGCUUGUCUUAAAAAGUUUAUAAUGCUAAUGGUCAUGUAAUGCCUCUUCUCUCCCUUUUUUCUCUUGAGCUCAUUUCCCCCCUUUUUUUUCUCUUCCCUCAUUGAUUACAUGUUCAGAAAACAACCAUGACCUAGCCAGUGCUCUUAUAAAUAACUGUGUUGGACAGAACCAAGUUCUUUAGAUGCUCACCUAUUCAUGAGUGUGUGUGACCAUGACAAACAAGGUCACUGGUCUCAGCCUAUGUUCCUGGGUCCUAGAGGUCUGUCCAUACUUCCUCACAAAAAUUUUCUGAGAAUCUAUUGAAAUCACAUUUGAAGUGGCUUGAGAGCAGGAAUGAACUAUUAAAAUGUCUAUGUGUCAUCUUUUUAAAGGCAAACAUAGAUCCCAUCCUAUUGUGAGACUAAAUCAUUUUCCCUUGCUGGAAAGUCUUUCAAAUAUAGAGACAAGGCCCAAUGGUGGGACUGAGUUGUUGAACAGAAGGAUUCCAGGUAUGAAGGGAGACCAGGUUUGGGGUUUUUUCUAAGACAAUGGCAUGAGCAAAUUGGUCCUAUUGGUUACAUAGGGAGUGAGAGAAUGACUUUUUUCUAUCACCCUGGUGGAUGUUGAUGCUGGCACAUACCACCAGUGGCUCACACUUGGAUGCAACUUAAUUAACACAAAUCACAGCUCUGGAAUCGAUGUGUUAAAAACACAAAAUCUUUUUGAAGUCUUAGUUUCUUUGCCUUUGUAAGAAAUAUAAAUGCUGAAACAUAAUUGUCGAACCUCCUGGUGAGAAAUGAAUUUUGUCUUGUGUAGUGGGAAAAUUUCCUGUUGUUGAUCAAUUGAGUAGUUAAAAAACCCACAGAACAUGAACAACUGGCAGUGCCUUCUUUUGCUCUUUGAUCCAGUUCUGGGUCCUCUAUUCCCAACAGUUCAGGGAGCUUGUCAGAUUCCCCUCCCUGGCCUCUCUUUUGCCUGAAACUCCCGUGGAUUCCCCGCAUGACUUCAAUCCUCCUUCAAGCCAGACUCUUCCCUAAACAAAUUUGGUAUGAUUUUCUCUGACCUUAUAAUGGUCCAUGGUUUGUGUUUUUAUUAUAUUUGCAUAGUAUUUAUUGAAUCUAGACUCUAUACUUGAUGGUAAGCCCAACACUUCAAAAUUAUAUGAAAUAAUUAAAAUUGUGUGAUAUAAUAUUAAUAAAGCCACCAAAAUAUACCUAAAUGUACAAUCUGCUAAAAUAAAAUAUUUCAAGAUCAUUGUUGCUUAUUAUUUUUAAUGUUUUGACUAUUUUAGGCAAUAUAUAUACAUAGGAUGUUUAAAUUUGAGCACUUUUUUUGCCUUCCAGAAUGUGAAUAUUAUACACACAUGUGCGUACACAAGUUUUGACAUAUUUUAUAGAGAACAAAAACGACAGUUUUCUUUGAGAGUGAAAUGAGAACUGAAUGUGCUCUCUGUAUGUUAUGUUUUUUGUUGUUAAUGGUGAAUGAGAGUUUUUUCUUAACACUUUCCAUUUGUCUCUUCAAAUUUACUACUUUCCUUUUUUGUCCAUAUUAUUUUCAAAAAAUAAUCUUCAAUUGUGUGAGUCAUAGAUUGGUGUUGCAUUUUUGUAUUAAAUCUGAGUAUAAUUAACAAAAUAAUUGUGAUAAUUAUACACAUGUUUAUAAGUUGCUGCUAUAUGUUAUUUUUCCGGUAUUGUAAAAUAAAAUGUGCUGCAAAAAUCAA